UCAGAAGAGAUGGGCAGAUUCCAGGCUGUGGUAGCCCUGCUUUCCGCGCAGGCCAGGGAGUGCUGAGGGCGCUGACCGGUUACCCACCUCCCUGCUUCUGGGGUAGCUGAGGACCACCUUGCAGGCUAGCAGGAUGGAGCAAGCCUGUGCGAAGCAGGACUCAGUGUGCAACCUGGUGGCUGUGUUUGAGAACAGCAGGUCUCCGGGAGCAGCACCUGGACCCCAUAGUUUUGAGGACCAGCCCCAUAGCCCUGAACAUCAGCUGCCCCUGUCCCCAGAGCCUUGGGAGGCACCCCCUGCCGGGGAGGCCUUGCAGUCUGAGUUCCGGCCAGUCAGCAGGACAUAUCUGAAUUCCCUCAAGAAUAAGCUAUCGAGUGGGGUGAGGAAAUCCUGCCAACCUGGGGCCAGCCCAGGGCCGGAGACUCAGGAACCUGAGGAGAAGAGGGUCGUGCAGGAGCUUCUGGAGACGGAGCAGGCCUACGUGGCUCGCCUGCACUUGCUUGACCAGGUGUUCUUCCAGGAGCUGCUGAGGGAGGCGAGCCGUAGCAAGGCCUUCCCUGAGGACGUGGUGAAGCUCAUCUUCUCCAACAUCUCCUCCAUCUACCGUUUCCACGCACAGUUCUUCCUCCCGGAGCUGCAGAGGCGCGUGGAUGACUGGACAGCCACACCCCGCAUCGGGGAUGUGAUCCAGAAACUGGCCCCGUUUCUGAAAAUGUACAGCGAGUACGUGAAGAACUUUGAGCGGGCGGCAGAACUGCUGGCCACCUGGAUGGACAAGUCGCAGCCCUUCCUGGAGGUGGUCACCCGCAUCCAGCGCAGUGAGGCCUCCGGCAGCCUGACCCUGCAGCACCACAUGUUGGAGCCUGUGCAGAGAAUCCCGCGGUACGAACUGCUGCUCAAGGAAUAUGUGCAGAAGCUGCCAGCCCAGGCCCCAGACCUCGAAGAUGCCCAGAGAGCACUGGACAUGAUCUUCUCAGCUGCACAGCACUCGAAUGCAGCCAUUGCUGAGAUGGAGCGGCUGCAGGGCCUGUGGGAUGUGUACCAGCGCCUGGGCCUGGAGGAUGACAUUGUGGACCCUUCCAACACCCUGCUCCGAGAGGGCCCUGUUCUCAAGAUCUCUUUCCGCCGCAGCGACCCAAUGGAGCGCUACCUGGUUUUGUUCAACAACAUGCUUCUGUAUUGCGUGCCCCGGGUCCUCCAAGUGGGUGCCCAGUUCCAGGUGAGGACCCGCAUCGACGUGGCUGGCAUGAAGGUGCGGGAGCUGACGGACGCUGAGUUCCCGCACUCCUUCCUGGUGUCCGGCAAGCAGCGAACGCUGGAGCUGCAGGCCCGGUCCCGAGAGGAAAUGGUUUCUUGGAUACAGGCCUGCCAGGCAGCUAUUGACCAAGUCGAGAAGCGAAGUGAAACCUUCAAGGCCGCUGUCCAGGGACCUCAGGGGGACACACAGGAGCCCAAGCCACAGGCAGAGGAGCUGGGUCUCCGAGCGCCUCAGUGGGUCCGAGACAAGAUGGUGACCAUGUGUAUGCGCUGCCAGGAGCCCUUCAAUGCCCUGACUCGUCGGCGUCACCACUGCCGGGCUUGUGGCUACGUAGUGUGUGCAAAGUGCUCUGACUACCGUGCGGAGCUGAAAUAUGACGGCAACAGGCCCAACCGAGUCUGCCUGACCUGCUACACGUUCCUCACCGGAAACCUGCUCCCUGACAGCAAGGAGGACAAGAGGCGAGGCAUCUUGGAGAAAGAGACCUCCGCAGGGCCCGACCAGAGUGUGGUGUGCAGUUUCCUGCAGCUCGUGGGGGACAAGAGUAUCAGGAGCAUUCCCCGGAGCUGGUGUGUGAUCCCCCGGGAUGACCCGCUUGUGCUGUAUGUCUAUGCAGCCCCCCAGGACACGAAGGCUCACACCUCCAUCCCCUUGCUGGGUUAUCAGGUGACCUCAGGGCCCCAGGGGGACCCUCGGGUUUUCCAGCUGCAACAGUCAGGCCAGCAGUACACCUUCAAGGCUGAGUCUGUGGAGCUGCAGGGCCGCUGGGUGAGAGCCAUCAAGCGUGCGGCCAGCGGCUGGACCCCUGAGGGACCUGACGAAGAAGACAUGUCUGACUGACUGAACCACAGCUGGCUGCUCAUCGAGAACCUUGUCCAUGACAGCCUUCCCACGGCUCUGUCAUUUUACCCCAGGCUACCCCUGACCCAUCUGUUGUCCAUACCAAGAUGAUUCGUCUGACUCUGCAUCCAGCAGACAUGGGUCCUUUCCUUCAGGAAGGCACACAUGUCCCAGCUGGCUUGGGA